GCGUGGCCUGUGGGUGGGGCGCCUCCGCGCCUUCCGCCCCGUGACCCGGCAGUGGUCGCGGUUCGGGUCGGCUCUCCCACCACUCUUGCGCCGCGGCCCCUCGGGGCUCUCCUCGCAGUCGGGCCUCGGGAGGCGGCCCUGCGCAGUCCUCCCCUGUUCUUCCCCCGAGCCGUCCGUCCUGAGCGGAGCCGCCUCCGGCGAAGAUGAAGACGGUGCUGAUGGUGGCCGAGAAGCCUUCGCUGGCGCAGUCCAUCGCCAAAAUCCUCUCCAGGGGAAACAUGUCCUCUCGCAAGGGACUGAACAGUGCAUGCUCUGUGCACGAGUACACGGGAUCAUUCGUAGGACAGAGUGCCCAUUUCAAGAUGACGUCUGUGUGUGGUCAUGUCAUGACUUUGGAUUUCAUAGGCAAAUACAAUAGCUGGGACAAAGUGGAUCCAGCAGAACUUUUUAGCAAAGCUCCAACAGAAAAGAAAGAAGCCAAUCCCAAACUGACCAUGGUGAAGUUUUUACAGGUGGAGGGAAGGGGCUGUGACUGUAUUGUCUUGUGGCUGGAUUGUGAUAAGGAAGGAGAAAAUAUCUGCUUUGAAGUUCUUGAUGCUGUCCUUCCUGUUAUGAACAAGCCUCGAGGCACUGAGAGGACGAUUUAUAGAGCUAAAUUCAGUUCUAUUACUGACACCGACAUCUGCAAUGCCAUGAAUCACUUGGGAGAACCCAAUCGCAAUGAAGCUCUGUCAGUGGACGCCCGCCAGGAGCUGGAUCUCAGAAUUGGCUGUGCGUUUACAAGGUUUCAGACUAAGUAUUUUCAGGGGAAAUAUGGGAAUUUAGACAGCUCCCUCAUCUCCUUUGGGCCAUGUCAGACCCCAACGCUUGGAUUCUGUGUCGAAAGGCAUGAUAAAAUCCAGUCGUUUAAGCCUGAGACUUACUGGGUAUUGCAAGCUAAAGUGAACCCUGAAAAAGAAAGUUCUCUCACGUUGGAUUGGGAUAGAGUGAGGGUUUUUGAUCGUGAAAUUGCCCAAAUGUUCCUGAAUAUAACAAAGAUGGCAAAAAGAAGCAAAGGUAAUAAUAUUUACUAAAUACAUCUGGUGAGUAAAAAAGAGAAGGUGAAGCAGACACUGGCUCUGAACACAGGUAAAAUGCUACGAGUGGCCAGUGCUGCUUUAGGUAUGGGUCCACAACGCAUGCAAAUAGCAGAGCGUCUUUAUACUCAGGGUUAUAUCAGCUACCCUCGAACAGAAACUACCCAUUAUCCAGAUAACUUUGACUUGAAAGGAUGUUUGAGACAACAAGCCAAUAAUCCUCACUGGGCAGAAACUGUAAAGCAAUUGCUGUCAGAAGGCAUUAAUCGUCCCAGGAAAGGCAUAUGCGGAGACCAUCCUCCCAUCACUCCAAUGAGAGCUGCAACUGAAGCAGAAUUAGGUGGAGAUGGAUGGCGACUGUAUGAGUAUAUAACAAGGCAUUUUAUUGCCACUGUCAGCGCUGAUUGCAAGUUCCUGCAGACCACCAUUUCUUUCAGUAUUGGCCCUGAACAUUUCACCUGUAUCGGAAAAGUGGUAACUUCACCAGGGUUCACAGAAAUUAUGCCAUGGCACAGUAUCCCAUUAGAAGAGAGCCUUCCCCACUGUGAGAAAGGAGAUCUUUUCCCAACUGGUGAAAUAAAAUUGGUGGAAAAACAAACUUGUCCCCCUGAUUACCUGACAGAAGCAGAACUUAUCACUCUGAUGGAAAAGCAUGGCAUUGGAACCGAUGCAAGUAUUCCAGUCCACAUUAACAACAUUUGCCAGCGAAACUAUGUCACCGUGGAGAGUGGUCGGAGACUGAAGCCUACAAACCUUGGCAUUGUUCUGGUUCAUGGCUAUUACAAAAUAGAUGCAGAAUUGGUUCUUCCUACAAUCCGCAGUGCUGUAGAGAAGCAACUCAACUUAAUAGCUCUGGGUAAAGCGAAUUAUCAUCAGGUCCUGGAGCACACCCUUGACAUUUUCAAAAGGAAAUUUCACUAUUUUGUGGAUUCUAUUGCAGGUAUGGAUGAGCUGAUGGAAGUAUCUUUUUCACCUUUAGCUGCCACAGGUAAACCUCUUUCCCGCUGUGGUAAAUGCCAUCGUUUCAUGAAGUAUAUUCAGGCCAAACCAAGUCGUCUGCAUUGCUCUCACUGUGAUGACACCUACAGCCUUCCACAGAAUGGAACAAUUAAACUCUACAAAGAGUUGCGUUGCCCCUUAGAUGACUUCGAGCUGGUGCUGUGGUCAUCUGGGUCCAGAGGAAAGAGCUACCCACUCUGUCCAUACUGUUACAACCAUCCUCCCUUCAGGGACAUGAAAAAAGGAAUGGGCUGUAAUGAAUGCACCCACCCCACGUGCCAGCAUUCUCUUAGCAUGCUUGGAAUUGGGCAGUGCGUUGAAUGUGAGAAUGGGGUUCUGGUUCUUGACUCUACGUCGGGUCCCAAGUGGAAGAUGGCGUGCAACAAAUGCAAUGUGAUUGUGCACUUCUUUGAGAACGCUCAUAAAGUCCGGGUGUCACCAGAGACCUGCGACCUGUGUGAUGCAGCCCUUGUGGACGUAGAUUUUAACAAAGCCAAAUCCCCUCUCCCUGGUGAUGAGACCCAGCAUUCAGGCUGCAUAUUCUGUGAUCCUGUGUUUCAAGAUCUGGUGGAGCUGAAACAUGCAGCCAUGAGGCACCCCAUGCACCGCGGGGGACAAGGAAAAAGGCAAGGUCGAGGAAGAGGUAAAGGCAGGAGGCCAGGAGGAAGACUCAAUCCAAAGAAACCUAAGGACAAAAUGGCAGCUCUGGCUGCUUACUUUGUAUAAUGGCCACACAACAGACAAAUAAACUUCUUGUAAAAAUGUGUUUCUCUUUAAGUUCAUUCUUAAGUAUUUUUGAUCUUCACUGCUUUCCUGCUCUUGGUAAAGUUAAACACCUUAGAUUGUACCUUGAUUUAACAUCAUUUCUGCAUGGUCAGCAACUGAGAAAGCCUUUAAGCUUUUGAUUGGAAUUCAUUGGUCCAAGUCGAGCUUGCAAACAGUAGGGAGACUUUGGAAGUCCACCUAGACUGCUACCCGUGGCUGAUAGAAAGAAAAUGAAAUUGCCCUCUUCUAUCAUUUCUGGAGCCUUUGUCCAUGAUACAAGUGCCAGGAACAGAAGUGCUAGUUCAGAUCACUGUUAUGUUGCUGUGGUCUUUAGGUGGGGAAUGAGACUGGUUUCAUCUGACUUUGAAUCUUCAAAAAUAAUAUGUUAUUAGUAGCUGUCAUAUUUUAAAAUUACAUCUGCCAUAGCAAGAGCACUACUUCAAAUCUGUCAUUCUGCUGCAUAAGAGAAUAAUGCCCAGGGGCACAGCAAAUGGGAAUCAUGAAUGUGAAGGGGAAGAUCUGCAUUGAGCAGCAAUUCCCAAAUUAUGGUCUGUGCAGCCAAGUUAGUGUCCUUUGGUCAGUGGACCCCUGCUAAAUGACACCUCCUCCUGCUGCUGGAGGUCAGCUUGAGUACCCAGGCAGUUUUUUUUCCUCUGUUUGCAUACCUGCUCAGAUGGGGUUUGUACUGUCUGCACCCCAAAUUGUCAUUUUGGUAUUGGCUAGUUUUGCCAUGAAAAGAAGGGGAUUUUCUGUGGAUCUGUAUCCAGCCUCUGUGGCACUGGGUGCCACAUUACAAUAUCAAAUUACACCAAUACAUACUAUUCCCCUUUCCUUGCACCUGCACGUAGUGGGUCAUAUCUGGUCAUCUGAUCAAAGGCAGUUUGUAUCAUCUGUGCCUGCAGUCGCUCUUGGUGCUAGUUGUGGCUCGAUGGGGGAAUGCCAUCACAGUCUUGCAUGGUGCAAAGGCUCCUGCAUUUCAACCAAGACGCCGCAGAGAGCAGCUUGGCAGGUGAUUUAUUUGCAACAGAAAGGAAAGUCCAGUCUCUACAAAAGGCAGUGUCCCACUGUUGUUUUAAUUGGCCCAGCGUGUGCAUUUGCUGAGCUAAAGAAUACGGAACACCACAGCCCCAAGCCUGUUCCUCUGAUAGACAUUUAUACUGUUACAGCUCAAACAUGAACUAUGGUUUAGUAGUAUUGAUUAAAAGACCCAGCCGUAGGUAGAAGUUUCUUUUCAUAGUUCUUGUUUGGUUUAUAUUUUUUGUAAAUAUUAAAUGUUUUUCCUGAUAAAACCAAACUGUCUUUGCUUCUCCCUUAGCCUGGAGCGAGUAACAUCUUUUUGUGUUUUGAAGAUCUUUGUACUGCAAUGUUUUGGAGCCAUAGAUCUUGGCAUAAACUAUAACAGGUUUCAGGGUGCUUGUAUCGAUUCAGUUGUUCAAAUCCUCUCU